UUGGUUGGAGCUCCUUUGAUAUCAAUCCAAACACAACAAAUGGGUUCAUCGAACAAGAAGAUCACUCUUGUUGCGAUCAUUGUAUCGUUGUAUAUGUUUUCAUGUGUUUCAAGCACUGAAUUUGAAGUUGGAGGAGAAGAUGGUUGGAUCGUACCAACGUCUAAGUCUCGUGGAGAUACGUUUAACCAAUGGGCUUCAGAUAACCGUUUUAAAGUUGGCGACACUCUCCGUUUCAAGUACUCGAAAGACUCAGUGUUAAUGGUGUCAGAAGAGGAGUACAAGAAAUGCAAAGCCACCAAACCGCAACUCUACUCAAACAACGAAGACACGGUUUUCAAACUAGAUCGACCCGGUUUGUUUUACUUCAUCAGCGGUGUCUCAGGCCACUGCGAAAAGGGUCAGAAGAUGAUCAUAAAAGUUAUGGAGACGGAGUCUUCCACAGAGUCUCCUCCACCAUCUUCUUCUUCUUCCUCAUCAUCUCUUCCGGCGUCAACUCCAAAGGCCAAGAAGAGCAAUGCCUUCAAAACCGCAGUCCAGUUCAGUAGCUCCGGUUUUGUUGUCUUUGCGGUUCUGGUUGUUUCGGUUUUUGGUCUGGUUUAGUUCCAGCGGUUUUAGCUGAAGAUUUUAGGUCGAUUUAGCGUCUUUGAUCUCUUUAGAUUAUUAUUAUUCCUCCAAUCAUAUUAGGCUGUUCUGUUUCGUUCUUAAGCAGUAUUCUGAAUAAAAACUUCAUUAACAUAAACCCAUUGUUUCGACUACUGAGUUUAGUUUCCGAAUUUAGCUUCAA